AUGUUAUCCCAGUACGCUGCGGAGCUAUGUAUGCUUCUGAUCGAGGAUCACUUUGGCGAGCUCUUUGCUCGCAUCUUUUCAAUCCUACAACGCUACGAGCGUUUGACCCUCCCUCGACUCAAAUUUUACUCCCGUCUCAAUGACAAGCAGCUCCGCCAUGCGCUGGCUGCCAUGAUUCAACACCACCUCAUCUACCACUUCACCUCCCUCGAAGAUGGCAACACGUACUAUGAAGCAAACCCACAAGCCGCUUAUUACCUCGUGCGAUCCGGAAAGAUACUCCAGCUGGUCGAGGAAAGACUUGGAGAAUAUGCUGCUCGUGUGAUGGAGGCAAUUUUGUACCUCGGGCAUGCCUCGGUCAAGGAACUCGAAGGACGUCCUGAGCUUCGAUCGCGAAAACCGAUGGCUCCGAAUGGAAUCAAGCAUGAGGAAGAAGAGCCCCAAGAGAAUGGGAUGGAUAUGGAGGACGGACCCGCCACCACAAAUGGAGAUCAUGACGGGGAGGAUAAACCGGCACCGUUCCAUGCCACUCUCAAGGCUCUUGCGUCCCAUGGAUACAUCUUGCGGGUCCGAGAUGCCCACUUCCAGAGUCCCGCAGACAAUUUUCUUGAAGCACAGCGGGCGGUCGCUGCUCGCUCCGAUAUCAAGGCACUCAAGGGGAAGAAACAAGAAGAGGCGAUAAGAGAAAAGGCCCAGGAGUUGGUCCAAGAGCGGACUAACGGUGACCUCACUCAAGGACUCAUGUUUAAUGGUCUUCCUCGAGGUGUUAAAAGGAAGUUCAGCAACGGUCUCGCGAAUGGGCAACGACAGAACCGCCAGAAUGGCGUUAACGGCGAUCACGCGGAAGAUGAAGAGGAGGAAGAGGAAAACGAAUGGUCUGAGGAUGAGGAUGGUUUCGACAACAUUCCCAUGGAGUCUGGAUUAGUCGUGCGAGUCAAUUAUGAAAAGCUCGAUGUGGCUCUACGGAACGCUCGUUUUGUCGACCUUGCGCAGCAAGAUGCGCCCUCAGCGACUGCGGAAGUCUACGCCUGCCUUCUUCGUCGUGUGGAAUAUAUUACACCCCGCUGCCGAGAUUCAGAAGAAAUCCCCCGUGAGAAGGAAGAAGGAGAACAAUUCUCCACUCCAAUUAGCGUCCAGACGUUACUUGAAGACAUUGAUCCCAGUCUAGAUCUAACAGGGGCAUUGGGACCGAUGGACCCCUCGCAGUCGAUGAAUCGGCGCGGAAAGCGGCCCCUGGAAAACGGUGUCGACGACCACGACGAUGCCGAUGAUGAUGAGGAUGAAGCAUCCUCGGGAGCCAUGCGUGCCUACCUGGUCAACCAGCACCUCGGCCUCCUCUCACAACCACCAUUCGACCUGGCUUCCUCUGUCACUCUGUCGGUGGGCCCCUCAAAAUGGCGUGUUGGAUUCCGUGGCCUCGCCCGGAAAUUGCGACACCUGGAAUUGGAACGAAUGAUCGAGUCUCGAUUUGGCGAUGUCGCCCUCCGAGUCGUGCGCGUACUGCAGGCCAAAGGAAAACUGGACGAGAAGCGUCUGCAGGAGAUCAGUCUGCUGCCGUUCAAGGACCUGCGGCAGACCCUGGCUAGCAUGCAGAGGGGUGGAUUUGUGGAUUUGCAGGAAGUGCCGAAGGACGCCCAACGCCAGCCCUCCAAGACCAUCUUCCUCUGGUACCAUGAUGCAGACCGAGUCUGCAGCAGUAUCCUAGAGGACACAUACAAGGCCAUGUCGCGAACCCUUCAGCGUAUCAAGCACGAGCGAGAGCUUGAACGGGAUUUCCUGGAAAAGACGGAACGCAGCGAUGUCAAGGGCCACGAAGAGGAGUAUCUCACUGAGGGUGAGUUGGAGCGUCUGCAACGGUGGAAAAAUAAAGAGGCCCUGUUUCUAGCGGCGGUAGCUCGCUUGGAUGAUAUGGUGGCCGUUUUCCGUGACUACUAA